CGUAUAGUUUCUUCGAUAACGUUUUCACAUAUUUGAGAGCGUUAGCUUAUUUGUUUAUACGUUUUGUGUAUAGCGUUAGUUGGAUAAUCGUUGAUCUUGGGCAUAGAUUGAAUUAACAAUUAUUUAUGGUCAUUUGUAAUUUAACUUAACGUGACUACAAAUAUUUAUUCAUAAUGUUUUUCACAAAUUAACCGAAUUGAAAGUGUAGGAAGAAGUUCUGAAUAAUUGUUAUAGACACAAUGGCUUUGCACAAUGUACCUCCAAAAAGAAAAGAAAUUUAUAAAUAUGAAGCACCGUGGUCUUUGUAUAGUAUGAACUGGUCUGUAAGACCAGACAAACGUUUUCGUUUGGCACUUGGUAGUUUCGUAGAGGAGUAUAAUAACAAGGUACAAAUUGUUUCACUUGACGAAGAGACUUCUGAAUUUAUACCCAAAAGUACAUUUGACCAUCCAUACCCAACGACGAAGAUUAUGUGGAUACCGGAUAGUAAAGGACUGUUUCCUGACUUAUUAGCAACUUCGGGAGAUUAUUUGAGAGUAUGGAGAGCAGUAGAACCAGAGACUCGUUUAGAAUGUGUUUUAAAUAAUAAUAAAAAUUCAGACUUUUGUGCACCAUUGACUUCGUUCGAUUGGAACGAAGUUGAUCCAAAUUUAAUAGGAACUUCUAGUAUAGACACAACUUGUACAAUUUGGGGAUUAGAAACUGGGCAAGUUUUAGGUAGAGUUAACGUUGUUACUGGACACGUGAAGACGCAGUUAAUAGCUCAUGAUAAAGAAGUAUACGAUAUAGCGUUCAGUCGUGCCGGUGGAGGACGAGAUAUGUUUGCUUCAGUUGGUGCUGAUGGAUCAGUUAGAAUGUUUGAUUUAAGACAUUUAGAACACUCGACUAUUAUUUACGAAGAUCCACAACAUACGCCGUUACUUAGACUCGCGUGGAAUAAACAAGAUCCUAAUUAUCUUGCUACUAUUGCUAUGGAUGCGUGCGAAGUUAUAAUCUUGGAUGUUCGUGUCCCGUGCACACCGGUUGCAAGAUUAAACAAUCACAGAGCAAGUGUUAACGGCAUCGCUUGGGCACCACAUUCUUCUUGCCAUAUUUGUACCGCAGCAGAUGAUCAUCAAGCGUUAAUUUGGGAUAUACAACAAAUGCCAAGAGCCAUAGAGGAUCCUAUUCUUGCAUAUACAGCAGCUGAAGGAGAAGUUAAUCAAAUUCAAUGGGGUGCUACACAACCCGAUUGGAUUGCUAUAUGUUAUAACAAGGCAGCAGAAAUUCUUAGAGUAUAAAACUAUAAUUUGAAGAUUUUGUCUAUUUGUUCAAUUUUUCAAAUUAUCGAUUAUUAAUUUGAAUUUAUCUUUCAUCUUAUACCUUGCUGAACUAUGGAUAAAUCUUCCAAUUAUUUACGAUUCUUAGUCAUACAUAUAUAUAUAUAAUAUAUAUAUAUAUAUAAUAUAUAUAUAUAUAUGCAUGGACAUACAUUACGUAUAGAAAAAUCAACAUGUAUGUGCAUACGCGCGUAAUGAUAUAUAUAUACACAUACGUAACUAUAUCGUACAAAAAUUGUAUACAUAGCAUAUUGUAAAUAUGUAGUGUAAGCAUUUUUU